ACUUAAUCUUCCAAAAUGUCAAAAAGAUCAUCUUAUGCCCCACCUCCCACCCCAGCUCCUGCAACACAAAUGCCCAGCACACCAGGGUUUGUGGGAUACAAUCCAUACAGUCAUCUCGCCUACAACAACUACAGGCUGGGAGGGAACCCGGGCACCAACAGCCGGGUCACGGCGUCAUCUGGUAUCACGAUUCCAAAGCCUCCAAAGCCACCAGAUAAGCCGCUGAUGCCCUACAUGAGGUACAGCAGAAAGGUCUGGGACCAAGUAAAGGCUUCCAACCCUGACCUAAAGUUGUGGGAAAUUGGCAAGAUUAUUGGUGGCAUGUGGCGAGAUCUCACUGAUGAAGAGAAACAAGAAUAUUUAAACGAAUACGAAGCCGAAAAGAUAGAGUACAAUGAGUCUAUGAAGGCCUAUCACAAUUCCCCUGCAUACCUUGCAUAUAUUAAUGCAAAAAGUCGUGCCGAAGCUGCGUUAGAGGAAGAAAGUCGACAGAGACAGUCUCGCAUGGAGAAAGGAGAACCUUAUAUGAGCAUUCAGCCUGCUGAGGAUCCAGAUGAUUAUGAUGACGGCUUUUCAAUGAAGCAUACAGCUAUCGCCCGUUUCCAGAGAAACCACCGCCUCAUCAGUGAGAUCCUCAGUGAGAGCGUGGUCCCUGAUGUGCGGUCGGUUGUCACAACAGCCAGAAUGCAGGUCCUCAAGCGACAGGUCCAGUCUUUAAUGGUUCAUCAGCGAAAACUGGAAGCCGAACUUCUUCAGAUAGAGGAGCGACACCAGGAAAAGAAGAGGAAAUUCCUGGAAAGCACGGAUUCCUUUAACAAUGAACUUAAAAGGUUAUGCGGUCUGAAGGUGGAAGUAGACAUGGAGAAAAUCGCAGCCGAAAUUGCACAGGCAGAGGAGCAGGCCCGCAAAAGGCAGGAGGAGCGGGAGAAGGAAGCAGUGGAGCAAGCCGAGCGCAGUCAGGGCAGCAUUGCCCCUGAGGAAGAGCAAGCAACGAACAAAGCUGAGGAGAAGAAGGAUGAAGAGAGCAUCCCUAUGGAGACAGAGGAGACACACCUGGAAGAAACAACAGAGAGCCAGCAGAAUGGUGAAGAAGGCACAUCUACUCCUGAGGACAAGGAGAGUGGGCAGGAGGGGUUGACAGCAUGGAGGUGGAAGGGACCAGUGAUAGCAAUACUGGCUCAGAGAGCAACAGUGCGACAGUAGAGGAGCCGCCCACAGACCCCAUGCCAGAAGACGAGAAGAAGGAAUAAAUGUUGCCUUGUUUUAUGUGUCCUAAAACUUUUUUAAAUGGAAAAAAAAAUGUUUUUUGGUUU